UCGCGAUACAUUAAUUUAAACAAUACUGUAAAAUGUUGAGAUAAGGGGGUACGAGGGUCAGCCCCAAAGCAUAUAGAGUGUUUCAAUCAUUAUCAAAGUACUUGACGAAUUUACUUGACACUUUGUCCAUCCAUCGUAUUACCAAAUGCUUAUUACAUGUGCGAUCGCACGGGGAAAAUAUGUUUCGCUUGCUAUGGAAUCAGGGAACGCACAAUUAAGGUCUCAUAUAAUCGGCCGGUGCAGGUCAGGGGAAAUGACGUCGUAACCAUAACGUUUUAAUUGGAAUAAUGUCAGCAGUGUACUUUUAUGUCAAGCUUGGUAAACAGUGAGCUGUAUUGCUUGUUGGUUAAGGUCUUAUAAUAAAGAUUGAAAUUCCCGUAUUUUGCGAUUUUUCGAAAAACAGGUUGAUAUGUUUGCUGUUGCCGAUUGUGAUGGCGCUAGCAAAGGGCUGGAGGACGUGCGGGCUAAUGUCCGAUACAGAGUAUAGAAUCAUGAUCGAAGCGGUAUCGGAAGGGACCUAACAUGUACCGGUUGCAGAAAGGACACCCUUAGAACGAUCUACACUGCGAAGACUUCACAGAUACAAAGAGUUUUAUUCGAUUGAAAAUAAUCGACUGUACUAUAAGGGAAAAGAGCUUUUGUGUGAAUCAAAAUGCAGCAAAGUUAUAACUCAUAAUUACCAUAAAAGUAAAGGCAUUGGUGUGAGAAGGUUAUAUCAUCUGUUAAAACGAAGACAUACUGGAGUUUCAGAGGCAUAUAUAAAGCAAGUUAUUUCUAAACUGCCGGAUUAUCAGAAGAGAAAUGCAAAGUUUUCGAACAAAGCCCCUCUCAAGCAUGUGUGCAGCAGUUCUGUGCACGAUAUACUUCAAAUCGAUCUCGUCGAUAUGCAGAGACAUGCAGUUAUAUACAAUAAAGAAAAGUGUAAAUUCAUUCUAAGCGUAAUGGAUAUAUUUAGUCGGUUUGUGUGGUUACGAGCUAUACCUAGCAAAUCAGCCGAUGUAAUCACUAAACAUUUGAGUCGCAGAUUUGCAGAAUUCGGUAAACCAAAAAUAAUUCAGCAUGAUAGAGGACGUGAAUUCGAUGGAGAAGUAAAACGGUUGUUGAAAGUUCUCAAUAUAAAGAAUAUCAAAAGUCGCCCUUAUCACCCUCAAAGUCAGGGGAAAGUUGAAAGGAUGCAUAAAACAUUGAAGCAAAAGAUUGCAUACGAUUUUACGCAUGCGAAUAGCUUUGGUAUAAACUGGGCAAAACAGCUACCAGAGUAUCAACGUAUACUUAACAAUGACCCAAAAGAAUGUCUAGCAUGGAAGUCACCGCAUGAAGUUUACUAUGGAAGGGAUCCUUAUAAUGACAAUUCAAAGCUAAAUCGCAAACUGCUAAUAAAGAAACUAAGAGAUGCCGCAAAAGUCGCAACACUACAGUGUGAUAGGCGAAACGACAGAGCUCAAGAGAAGGCAAACAAAACACCGAUUUAUAAUAUUGGAGACUCAGUGUUGUUACGCUAUAAGAAAAAAGGUUUAUUAAAUAGGAGAAUAUGGGCAGUAGAUGGGGUGAUACAGAAGCGAUCUAUGAAAACAAACAUGUACAAAAUUAAAUAUCGUGUCCCCGAAUCUGCUCGAGCAGGACAAUCUGCCCGUUCGGAAGAAAAAUGGUACCACGUAAGCAACCUCACACAAUAUACGUGUACAUCAACUGGUGCAUCCAACAAGAAACGGUUACAUCGAAAACAAUAUUGCAUAGCUACAACAAAAUCGUCUCAGCUUGAAAACUUGAGAUCGGAAUUCGGAUUGCCCGUCGUAAUGGAUCCUAUAGGGAACGGAAACUGUCAGUUUGCAGCUGUUUCAUAUCACCUACGCCAGUAUGGAAUACAUAGGUCGGAAGAAACGCUUAGACAAGAAGUAGUAACCUUUUUGAGGCAAACACCCGUACUUGGUAAUAGGAUUUGUGGAGCAAACUGGUGGAACUCAAUACUUGAGCAACCACGAAAUUAUUUGUCGCGGAUGUCUACAGAAUAUUAAUACGGUGAUCAAAUAACAUUGCAAGCGAUGUCGCAGCUGAAUAAUAUGCAGAUUUUAAUAGUGUCGACUAGGAAUAGUGCCACUACAUUGAUAAGUCCGGAUGGGAGUUCAUGUCUGUCAAGCCGUUACCCUCUAAUAAUACUUGGACAUUACCCAGAGGGCGCCGGUGAGCAUUACGUUGCCCUUGGUUAUAAAAGGCAUGUAUUAGAAAGAAUUGUAGACACAUCAGCACAAGUAACGUGGGAAACUGAUCCACCUACGAGCGAUGAUGACCUGAACGUAGGCGGUGAUGACCUGAGCGCUGGCGAUGAUGACCUGAGCGCUGGCGGUGAUGACCUUAACGCUGGCGGUGAUAACCUGAGCGCUGGCGGUGAUGACCUGAGCGCUGGCGGUGAUGACCUGAACGCUGGCAAUUAUGACCUGAGCGCUGGCGGCAAUGACCUGAACGCUGACGGUGAUGACCUGAACGCUGGCGACCUGGGAUCGCCCAAUACCAGUGACAUUACGCGAUUGAGAGAAAUGGUACAGUUUAAAAGGAACCGAAAACACGUUCAGCAAAACCGCCAUGUGAUCUUGCCGAGUGAGAUUUGGUCUAUAAUUGUUGAUAUUGUUCUAAAACUAAGCCCUUUGUCAAGAUACUCCCUUCAACGGGUAAAUAGGAUGUUUAGAGAUUUAGUAGGUAAGACACCGCCUCCGCGGUUGUAUCUAUGCCCUAGUCGGUUCGGUGACGUUACCGUAUCGCCCAUCAGUGUUCGAAAGAUAAUCGCAUUAUCUGGCUCUGGCAGUGGACUGGUCCAGGCGAUUCGACAACUUAUAAGGCAUUCCUCGUGGGUAAAUGCAUGGCUAUUUCUGCGAUUAGCUACUUUAUGCGGCUGGUACACGGUAGAAGGAAUUUGGUAUAGACGGCAACGGCGCAAUUAAUGCCAUAGCGUUAUAUGUUCAGCUGAAGCAAUGGAUAUACAUAAAACAUAAUAACUGAAUACACAAUAUGUGUUACCAUUCUAUUUUAACAAUAUGAAAAUUAACAUGAAAGUUUGUAUUUGUUCACAGAUUGUGUUCCCAAAAACUACUUGUGAUAUAACCAAUUACUUUUACGGCUUUUCAUAACAUGAUGAUUUUGGAAAUAUAGUAAUUAAAUAGUUUGUGUUGUAAACAUAUAUAUAUAUGCAUUUACCCACGAAGAAUGCCUUAUUGUUUUCAUCAUAUCAACAAAGACAUUGUUGGUAUUUUACAGUAUUUUAUUUAAAAAUGAUUAUAAUGUCUACAUUUAUUGUUUACUUAUUAUUUUGUAUUCAUUUACUGCUAAUUGCUUACAAUAUGUAGAAACAUGCAGUUAUUUGUUGUUUUUCAAUUUAGCGUAAAAUAAAAACAAAUUGUUUCGUUAUUUUGUGUCCUGUUGAUUUUCGUUGCAAUAGACCUUCAUAUUUUGAAUUAUAUU